CAGCCGACUUCGGCAGUUGUUUAAUUGCACCUGUUUGAUUAAGUCAAAAUAUUGACCUUUUGAAACCGGAGCAGGUGAAAUGCUGAGAAGAAGUUUACUGAAUUGUGCAUUUUGCUUUUAUUUGAUAUUCAAGAGCCCGUCUGUUUGUUUGGAUGGGCACCAGAAACCAUUCGGCGCUCAUCGAGAACCCGAUGUUGUCACAGAGGAGCUUCAAACUGUACCGCAUCCGAUAGAGUUUUGGGAAAAAUACGUCUCGAAAAACAGACCUGUUGUGUUAAGAGGGGCAGCAAAAUAUUCCAGGUAUAAUUGUAUAAAAGUUUAUUUGUUUUCCCGUAACGUUUGCAAUCGAGUCUCAGUUCUAUAAGGUUGCAAAUAAGUGUGCCUUUGUGCAUUGGUAACUUGGGCUUAUGAAUUUUUUAACUUCUAUUUAAUAAGAUUGCAUUUAUUAUUAAAUAGCUCGAGUAUGGUUAGCAUUAUUUCAAUAAGUACUUAAAUUAGUUAGAACUAUUUUAUUUCGAUUUCUGCACUAUGAAGUUGUAUGUUUAUAGAAAAAGAAUAAGCUUAUAAAGAUUUAUAAAACAAGUUGCUUUUUUUUUCAUUUAUCAUUUUUUUUUUCUUGUUUGGAAAAAACAAAGGAUUUUCCCUAAGGCAAGUUUUAACAGCUGUAAGUAUAAUUACUAUUCAUGCAGAUAUUUGAUUGUGAAAAUGGUGUUGGUUGUAAGACAGCUGUUUUGUUUUCAAAGGGGUUUUUUAAACUUUAUACGUUAAGGCAAUUGUUUUCAUUACUUGAUGAGGCCCUGUACGGAACAUGCAGAUCUGCAGACUGGUCUUUUUUUCGUCUGCUCAACCGUCUUCAGCAGGCCUGCAGAUCACUUGCCUGAAAUGUCUGCAGUUAGUAUGCAGUUGGUCUGUAUUAAGUGUGCAGUUCGAUUUUAUUUAGUCACGGAAAGGUGAACACAAAAAGUGGAUCGGUUCUAAAAGUAUCCCUUCACUGUCAGUGAGCUGCAAGUGAAAAGGUGAAUGACAGACCUUUAGGUCUGCAGAUUGACUGCAGCAAAGUGAAUGGAGUAUUAGAUGUCAGCUAAAAAUAUACGAAGAAAACAACACGCUGCAAGCCAAAAGGUGACCUAAAGGUGACCUUUAUUUAAGAAUGGAAAGAGGCAUCGAGAGAGUAAAUGAAAAUUAUCUCUUUUAAAAAUAAAGAGAAUAACAGCGAUUGCUCUUAUACAUAAAGUUUACACGGACAGCAGGCAAAUGAUAUUUUGAUUCGUUGCAACGGGCUAAGCUGGACAUUGCUCACCUUGACGUUUUGUCCAUGAUCCACGAUCUUCUACACUUUUUUCAUGAAAGAAAUCAACCCAAUUUUACUUUGGUCGUCGUUAAAUUUUACAAAGGACUAAGGACCGAACAUUACCACGAGCGUAUAAGAAUCUUGUAAGUGCGAAUUACCCCAUCUGAGAUUCUUGUAUCUGUGUUGCUUGCUCUGGUUCGAUUCGUCGAUACUUAGCGUAGAAGUCACUGUUCACUGCGUUGUUUGCAAAUACGUUUGAGCUGUUCCAUCCAAAAACUUCAACAGAACUUCCAUCUCGAAACAGAACUAGAUGCAAAAACACGUAGAAUGUUUGCGCCUUUCAUUCAACGGUCGCAAAUGUUUGGGAUCCCGUGUUUGUCUAGAGAUGUAAUGGGAUCUCUUGUAAAAGGACCGACCAAUUAGAUCAUGGCCUAGAAUGUCUCCAGGGAAUUAGCGAUAACAUUCCCACACUUGCCGGUCACGGAAUAAAAUUUAUUGAAAGCAUAGAAUUUGAAGGUUUAUUCAAUAAGUGAUCUUCCUUGAGCACAAGCUUACUCACAUUUCUUAGAGGUAAAGUCAACGUUUUCGCGUUGUAAAAGCCGUAAUCUGUGCCAAGGCUUUAUCUGGCGAUUCAUGUUAUUGGCGCUCAAGAAAGUCAGAUCGACCGCAGCUGAAUUGUACGUAGCGACGUUACUGCAGCUACUUCGCAGCGUUUGAAAGUCGGCAACUGCGCUGCAAAACUGCUGCCGAGAGCUUCAAAGAACCUUCAAAGGCUGCACAGCGCUUUUGCAGCCCGCUGCAACUUGAAUGAAGCUGCUGUUUGGCUUCUAAAAGGCUGCUGAACAGCUGUAAUUUAGCUGUAAAGCUAUUUUGAAGCGAUUUUGUGGCGCUGUACAGCGCCGCAAGUUUCGUGCGGGUGGUUGUCUGCACAGCGUCUGCUGCAGAUCAAGUGCAGACAUAAUAAUAGAUCCUUAUUGCAUAAUCACCAAAAGUUCACGAAAGGUCUGCAACAGACUUGCUGCAAACAAGAUAAAAGGCAACACACAGUCAAAGAAGAAGUCAUUUUCAUGAGAUGUCUGUCACAGACAGUAUGCAGACUUGCAGACUUCAGUUUUGCGUCAAAUUGGUCUGCUGUAUGACUGAACAGACCUGUGACAGACCUGAGAAAGGCCUUCGGCAGAUCUGCAAGUUACGUACGGGGCUCUUCUGUAAAUAUAUGGCAUGCAUAUUUUCAUGGCUAUGGCAAUGAUAUAGUAAGAAAUUAACCUCCUAUUAUUGAAUACAUUUAUUGAAAAUAGGCCACUUUAAAAAUGAAUAUUCGUGUUACCUGAUAUUAACUUUUAAAGGGCUGAUUGUGAUACAUGUAUUAUUUUUUUAGGGGUGUCUGAAAAAAAUUACUAGUGACUUCCAAUCAACUGCAAAGAAUGAAUUUUAUUGUGGGAGUCAAUAAUUUAUUAAUACCCCUUCAAUUGUUUCAACCCUGUUUAAAAAGAUUGUAUAGGCUAAAGGGAAGAUAAUAAAUAUUUUUUUAAGCAGACUUUGUCUCUCUUUUCUUGAAAUUUCUAACAACACUAUACUGGAAGGGGUCUAGUGUGAACUGAAUUUUUCAUUUAUAUGUUGAAUAUUGUCCCAGGGCAUACGAAUUAUGGACAGAAGAAUUUCUUAUUUCUGAAUAUGGAAAUCUGACUGUGCGGCUUGAAUCACGAGCUGAAAGUAAUGACAGAAUACCAUCUGGAGAAACAGGAAUUCUAGGUCGUGACACCAUCAGACAUUUUAUACAAAACUACCAGACAAGAGAUGCUUAUGUAAUCUCACAGGUUCCUCAGCCCAUGGAAAGAGACAUAGGGAUUCCACCAUGUUUAAGGUAACUUUCACCAAGUUACUGUGUUCCAACCAUGCAAAAUGUCUUCAUAAUUAAUCCAGUAGUCAUGGGGUUCCAAAUGUAAAAUUUGUUUGAGUUUAUGGUUCUCCUAGUCGACCGUGCAUGUGAUGGUAACAUUUUUGAGUUCCUCUGCAAAUGACCAAGCUGGUGAAGCAAAACUCAAAUGUUUCUUCUUAAGAAGAAAACAAUAAUUAUUGUAUAAAUUCCCACAAAUAAUGACUGUUUUGUGGUAUAUUUAUCACAUUUACAUUUCACCAUUGCAACCUUUUCCAUCUAUCUGUCAUUCAUAAACAAAUAAUUAUUAUAGCUAAAUCAAUAUAAUUUUAAUUACUAUGUUGACCAAUCAAAGUUCCUGACCAGAUUCUGGACAGAUUUUAUGUCAUGAUGAGUAUGAAAUAUCUGUUGUUGAAGUGCAAAAAUCUCUCUUGUGAAACAUCCCUAGAGGCAAGGAGCAGUCAUUUUGGUCUGUAAAAAGGCCCAAAUUUGGCUAAUGGAUGUAUUUUAAGGCUGUGAAUAUAAGAGUCAAGAAAAUGUUGUUAUUUGAUUUUGUGAGUCUUACUUGUAUAGUGUAUCAUUAUAUACACUUUUGAUCUACAGCUGCAUGUUUUGAGUGCACUGCAAGCUAGCAUGAAUGCCAUUUUAUUAAAAGUGUAAAAGGUGAACUUUCUAUUCACCUUGCAGGUGUGGUUCCUUUGGUGAAGCCCUCCAAGAGGUUCACCUUUUUCUUUCAGCUCGUGGAGGCCAAACAAAGCUUCAUCAGGAUCCAUACAGUAAUAUACAUUGUGUAUUUAAUGGUACCAAAGACUGGCUACUAGUUCAUCCAGACCAGACAAAUCUUGUUUACAUGUCAGAUGAUUCUGCAUUUGAGUGGGGAGGAUAUUCAGAGAUUGAUGUUGAUUCUGUUGACCUUGAAUUGUUUCCAUUAAUUAAGGAGGUGCAUUACUCUAAAGUAACAAUGAAUAAAGGUGACUGCUUCUUUAUGCCUGGAGGUGAGCUUAAACUUUCAAUUAAAUACAAUAUUAUGGUCGUAUCAAGAAUGAACAGUUUUUUGUCAUACUUAGACACUUGUCUACUUGUUAACUAAAAGUAAUUAAUGCAAGAAUAUUAAUUCUACCUUAAGCUUUCACUCCGUUUGCUUCAAUUACAAGUUUAUAUUUCAUCAUAUUUUCAGGAGAUAACUUGAUCCCUUGUAUUACUAGAAAUUAAGGGUGCAGCAAUCAACUGAAAUCAUACUGUCAUGUCAAGAGUAUCAUCUUCAUUUUUUUUAUCUUUAAGAGAACCAAAAUUCAAAAGUGGAUUAAUUCUAUUCUUUCACAAUAAUUAAAAAAAAAAAAGGUGCCCAGCAUAUGAUUUCUAUGAAACUUUCUAGUCACCCAGAAGCAAACAUGAAGCACCAGGGGCUAAUAAAAUUAAAUUUCAGUGGAGAUGUGACUGUAAUAUUUCAGUGGAGAAAUGACUGAAGAAAGGUUUCAGGUACUAAUGGAUAUUUAUUAAAGGAAACAAAAUUUUAUUUGUCUUCCUUAAUACAGGUUACUGGCAUCAAGUUCGCUCUUGGGGGCACAUGAAUUCUGCUGUUUCAAUUUGGUUUUCACAAGUGAAGCAUUUUACAGACCAUGGCUGUUACCAAGCAAAGAUUGAAUUCACACCAAUGAAUCAAGUGAUGGUGCUAUGGCGCUUUUCUGGGCAUGGCAAUCUUAGUCAAGGCCACAUGGAUAUCCACAUUGUUAAGAGAUUUCUGUUGAUGCUGGCUGACAGUGAAGGAAAAAUAUGGUUGAAUGAUUUUGUAGCAAAGUAUCUUAAUAGUGAAAGUGAUGUUAAAAGAGAUGUGAUGAGGGAAGAUGAAAGGGAAAGACAAAAACAGGUAAUUCAUCAUAACCUUACUGAUGAAAUUUUUUUUCUCUUUGACCAGGCAGAAGUGGAGAGGGUGUGAUGAACCUUGUAACAUUAUUUAAAAAAAAGCAACAUGACGAUAAUGUUACGAAAAUCAGUCAAGACUAAAGGCAGUGUUCUCAACCACAGGAAAAUAGCUGUUGCACCCAAUUUUUAGUUAUCGUUUAAACUGAUAAAAAUAAUUAAUAUUGCAUGCAUGACAGGCGCAAAAAUGAGGAUAAUCCAAGUGCUUUUUUUUUAUUGCGGGGUAUCUGUUGUAGUUAGUUUUUUAUCUCAGGAAAUUUUUAUUUUUCUUUUGUUUCAACUUCAUUAGCACACAUUACCAUAUCCACAAACAAAAGAAAAACAAAUAAAAUUAUCUGAGAUAACAAAUUAGCUACAACAUAUCCAGUAUGCGUGAAAUCAAUAAUUUGCUAACUUGGGAUCCCUGGGGAUGCAAGGAUAUGUUAGAGGUCAAUUAAUAUUUUGAUAUAAAGUUAAAAUUUUUUAACCUUAAGGUUGAUUCUCAUUUUUCUUUGUCCUCUUGGGCUAGGAGACAAAGGAAAUUUAGAAUCAACCUAGUUUAAAUCAAAAUGAACCAGGAAUCAAAUCUGACCUGUAACAGGCUAGAUACACAAUACUCUUAGCAUACCGGCCCUUCUUUCCGAUCAGUGCUUUCAUACAAUCUGUUAUAACAUUAUUGUACCUUUAUUAGAAAUAGCUUUAUGCAAUUUGAUUCUGGGCAUAAAUAUAUAUAGUCAGCUUUUUCAGAAAAUUCUACUCCACUGGUUAUUGGCAACAUAGUGUACAUGUUCAAGAUAGCGACUGACAGUCACUAUUGGUUGUGUGAAUCAUCUCAGUCAGUUUCACUGCAUGAUGUUGCUUUGCACAAGGCUACCCAUUGAUGUUAGGAACGCUUGACUGCUUGCAGAAUCUGGCUAUGAUCAUGAUACACUGUAUGUGUAAUUAUUCUUAAUUUUUAUCUCGUUGCAGCUAGUUGAUUACUUAGAUCCUGAUGGUAAAGGCUUUGUCACUAAAGAGUAUGUGCAGAACCUUUCUGUUGAUCAGAUGAAGGAAGUCUUGUUGUUUAUUGACCCUACUGAUGUCUCAAAUACUGAAGAACUUGAGUACAGCCACAUUGACGCAGGUUACAUUGAGUGAGUGGUAUUUUGACAAGAUUAUUAGUUACAGAGUGUAGUAACAAUAAAGCCAGUCAUAAGGGGAGGUAGCUAGAUGGGCAGUCAGUCUGGUAGUAAGUCAGAGUCUGUCAUAGUUGUUAAUUGAUGUACUGUAGCCUGUUUAUAGUACACUUGUAAUCUUAAUUUCCACUGGAAGGAAUCAUAUCCCCUCUCACUUGUGUGUUACACAAAGAUUUUUUAGCUAGCCACUUAAAAAAAGAGCUUGCCUUCAAGCUGUAAAUGAUCAGGCGGUUCGUUGGAGUCAAGCCAGCCUGGUUAGUCAUUCUGUUCAUCAGCACGAGUGAGUCAAUUGUUCUCAGACAGUCAAAGGAAAAGGAAGGAAAAAGGACAAGUUAGUACUACAAGUUGUUAAUGAGGCAGUCAGCCAGCCAGUCAGGUAAUUCUGAUCAAUAAUUUGUCAUUCAUUUACAGAUAGUCAGUCAAUCAAACAAACCAAGUUAACCAGUAAAUAAGUUGAUUAAAAAUACAGUUCCAAUUACUUGCAGAGAUCUGUUGGCACAGUGCUAUAAUAAAAGAGGAACCUUUGAUAAAGACAAGUUUAUGUCAAGUUAUGUUCAGGUAAGGGAAGAGAACGCAUUUCUUAGAUAACAAUGUCUUGUAUAGAGUGCAUCUUUUAUCUUAUAAUAGAUGUGGGGAUUUUGAUGUAAAGUUUUAAUUCACCAGUCUUGCCCAACAAGUUAAGCAUGCAAACAUCACAUCUGUAAAAUAUGUGCACAAAUGAAGGCAUCUGUUAAGAACACAAAAAACAGCAUGAACAAGAACAUCCUUAAAACAGAAAUUUAAUGUCCUUAUUACUUAAACCAAAGGUCCUGUCUUAAGUUAGCUUGAGAUCAUGCCCUCUCCCUAUCCCCCUAAAAGAAGUAGGCAUUGAAGUCUCUGUUUGUGGGUGUUAUACAGUCAUGUAAUGGAGUGUAAAUUUUAUAUUGUAGUUAGUUACUGUUUUAUUUAUAUCUUGCUACAUCUCGUUAGGAUCUUGGAGGAACUCAUAAAAAGGCCCUUGAGGUUAGUAAAUGGUUUUCUCAAUGCUUGCAACUUUUAUAUGGUGAUCAUCAUGCUGAAUUUUACUGGACAGUAUAUGAAUGGCGAGGUUAAUUUCUAAGAAAACUGUGGUGCUACAUCGGUGAGGGAUUGAAACACAAAACUUAAAUUUAAGCAACUGAGUUGAUGAAGUCUAAUAUUCCACAGCCUGCUCCACAGACAAUCAGUACAUCUGCCAGCCAGCAUCAAAAUCCUUAUUCUGGGUCCCCAUCAGUGUACCAGGAUUUGAGGACAUGCAAUGAUUGGCCUGUUAAAAAAAGCCAUUGUCCAAUUAAUUGGCCAAUCAGGUUGAAGGGAAAUUUGAACACACUUCCGGUAAUUCAUUGAGUCUGUUGGGGGCCCAGGACAAAGAUCUCCACAUCGCUUCACAGAUUUUUAACCUGGGCUAAAAUAAAUUACAUCUACCAGUGCAUGUACCACUGACAUUGAGAAUCUGAUUGAAGGCUACACUGAACAUAUAAGGCUGUGUUAUUACUCUAUACCUGAUAGCUCUUGCACCAGCGUGAAAACCACAUUGGAAAGGGCUCUUUGUUUACAUAUAAGAACAAUGAUUUUGGCACAGUGUUUGUGAGUGGAUCAUCACACAUCAGAUAGGUUUCUGUGUCCGAUCACUCUUUGCGGCAAUGUAAACUAGGUAUUUGCACUGGUGCAGAAGUGCAUGAGAAGGAGUGAGCACUGAAACCCACUGAGACGAACAUAAAUUAAUAUUCAGGAGUUGUGAGGAUUGGGAUUUAAUUCAUUUAUAAUAGUAAACCAAACCCUCUCAGCCAGCUGCUUCAGUGUUCUAGUUCUGGUCCCGGUUCCUGAUAGGCCGAUAAGUAACAAUCCAGGAUUAAAAAUUUUGUUCCAUCUUUUGUAUUUAUCUUCCGAUGCAUUGCUUAGAGUAACAUUCUGCAUGUAUGUUAUCAUCACUGAAUCUUGGAGUAAAGACACAACAGUAUUUUGUAAGCUGUAGUGACGUGUUCUGAGCCAAGAAAACCUUGCUUGAAAUUUGGCUUAUUCCUGGGUUACACUUAACCAUCUUUCAGAGAACCGAACCCUGGGGUUGUAUCCGUUCAUACUGGCCCAGAGUACUAUUUUUUCUUGUCAACUUGACUAUUAUAGUGUAGACAUAAAACCCAAGUGCCCAAAACAUUACCUUUGGCCUUUGAAUUGUCAUUUCAGUUAUUGGUAAAUCUCAUCCUGGCUAUUAUUUUGCCUACAGAUUGUAGAGAGUCUUGGAGCAGCUAACAAAGAGGUUUCUCUGGCUUCAAUAUUGCCAUUAAUCCCACAAGCUUUAGACAAGUUUCACAGUUCAAGAGUACAUGACCCAACUUUUGAACGGAAAAUGUAUCAACAUUUACGUGAACACGACGAACUUUAACUUAAGAAUUAACAUUCACUGCAUUACAAUAAAAAGCACUCAAUUCUAAUAUAAAAAUAUGAGUGAAAAUUAAUAAAACAUUUCAGAGGGAAAAAAUAAACUCUGUGGUACACGAAAAACAAACCAAGACAAAAGCCUUUAAUGCCCCCUGAACCCUACCCCUUCCCCUCUGCUACCAUAAACCAAACCUUCAUCUC